AUGGUAAUGAUGCGCUACGUGCUGUGUAUCCUCGCUCUCCUGCUCUCAUGUGCGUGUGUGCACGUCCUCGCUGAAGAAGUGCCUGCCGCCGAUCUUUCCGACCAAGUCCCUGAUACGGAGAGUGAGACAAAGAUUCUUCUUCAAGGUACUGCUGAUUGCACUACUGAUGGUGGUGCUCCUGAAACUCCUGGAGGUUCUUGUCCUGCUGCUGCUGGCCCUGCUCUUCCUUCUGGUCCUCCUGGUAUUGUUGGUUCUUCUGCUCCUGUUCCUGCUUCUGCUUCCGAUUCUGCUGAUCUUCCUGGUAAAGCUGCUGAUGAAUGCUCUGCUGGCACUGAAGUUUCUAAUCAACAAUGUCGUGAAGCUACAAAUAGAUCUGGAGGAGGAGGUAGUGGUGGUAGUGGAGGCACUCAACUUCCACAAGUUACAGCACAAAGGACUGAAACGGGCAAUGUUGUACAAGACUCACAGGAUCCUCCCGCUGCAGCUCGACCUGAAGGAACUGAUCUCACCAGGAGAGAAGCUGCUGCUGUGGAUUCUGCUGCUGCGCCCUCUCCUGGUACUACUUCUGAAUCUCCUACUACUGAUGGAAGUGUUGGUGUGUCUUCGAGUGAAAGUCAAUCUGGAGGAAGUGCAGGAAAUGGAAAUAAAGCAUCAGCACAAUCAUCUUCUAACGGUUCAACAUCAGAGGGCGGUGGUGAAAAUUCCAAUGCCACAACGAAUGAGAAUGACCCAUCAUCUGCAGGAACUGCAAAUUCUGGGGAUGAUACUACAACAAAUAAUGAGGAAUCAACCACUACUACCACCACCACAACAACACUUCCUCCUGAGGCUGCAAACAACAACAAGAAGGGUGAUGCAGACAGCAGCAGCAGUAUCAGCAGUUCUGUGUGGGUGCGUGUACCACUACUGAUUGUGGUUACACUGGCCUGUAUUCUUGUGUGCUGA